GGUACUAACUUCCACAGCACUCUUCUCCUUGCCAACACACACCCAACAUGGCUGUCGGCAAGAACAAGAGAUUGUCCAAGGGCAAGAAGGGCUUGAAGAAGCGCACCGAUCCCUUCGCCAGAAAGGACUGGUUCAGCGUCAAGGCCCCAUCGACCUUUGCCAUUCGCGAUGUCGGCAAGACGCUCGUGAACCGCACCACUGGUCUCAAGAACGCCAACGAUGCGCUCAAGGGCCGCAUUUUCGAGGUCUCCCUCGCCGAUCUCCAGAAAGACGAGGACCACGCAUUCCGCAAGGUCAAGCUGCGAGUUGAUGAGGUCCAGGGCAAGAAUUGCCUGACCAACUUCCACGGGCUCGACUUCACCUCUGACAAGCUGCGCUCGCUCGUCCGCAAGUGGCAGUCCCUCAUCGAGGCCAAUGUUGUCGUCAAGACGACCGAUGACUACCUCCUCCGCCUGUUCUGCAUUGCCUUCACCAAGCGACGACCGAACCAGAUCAAGAAGACCACAUACGCGCGGUCUUCGCAAAUCCGCCAGAUCCGUAAGAAGAUGACCGACAUCAUGCAGCGCGAGGCCCAGAGCUGCACUCUCAGCCAGCUCACCACCAAGCUCAUCCCUGAGGUUAUCGGACGCGAGAUCGAGAAGAGCACCCAGGGCAUCUACCCACUCCAGAACGUCCACGUCCGCAAGGUCAAGCUCCUCAAGUCGCCCAAGUUCGACCUCGGAAACCUUUUGUCGCUGCACGGAGAGUCUAGCACUGAUGAUGCCGGUAACAAGGUUGAGGGCAACCGGGAGUUCAAGGAGCAGGUCCUGGAGAACGUAUAAGUCAUGCGUCACGGAUUACAUGAUGGCAUUGGGCGACACGGUUCUCAUUUUGCAAGUAGAAGGCAGGCGUUAUGUGAGCAGGGCAAAUGGAAAUGAGCGCAGCAUUUGAAAGCGACCUCAUAGCUCUGCGGCAGGCCAUAGGCAAAAUCAGUUGAAAUGUUCCAAAUGAGCUCGACGUUGUC